AUGGGAAAGGCAUCAGAAGUGAGCAGUCAGCGCCGGCUAGGUACGCGAAAGUCGAAGACUGGGUGUCGUACUUGCAGACUCCGUCACGUCAAGUGCGACGAGACACCAAUCGCUUGCACGAGAUGUACAAAGGCCGGCUUUUCAUGCGAAGGGUACGACACAGAGCGGCUCGCUCAUAAACGAAAACCACCCGGUAUCACCAUCCUGAGCGUACUCCUCCCCGGCCAAACGACAGAUGAAAGGAGAUCGUUCAAUUACUUCCACUCGUUCACCGUGCCGAUGAUGAAUGGAUGGUUCGACCAUCAGGUUUGGAAUAGCCUUGUGCUGCAAAUGGCUCAAGCAGAGUCGGCCAUCGCGCACGCUAUCGUCGCCGUCAGCGCUUUGCAGGAAGUGACCGAGUCGACAGGUGUCGCCAUCCUGCCGGAAGAUAUGGCCGAUCGCACGCAUCGGUUUGCGCUUUACCAGUAUAGCCGAUCAAUCGAGCAUUUGACAACUCGGAUGCGAUCGAAUGAUCCGAAUGUCCGAAACACUGUCUUGAUUUGCUGUAUCUUGUAUAUCGUCUUCGAGCUCAUCCGCGGAAAAUACAACGCGGCGAUUACUCACCUCCAAAACGGAAUGCGUGUUCUCGGAGCCGGGAUAUUCGAUUAUCACGCGUUGUAUCAGGCACAUCCGGGGCUUCAGAGAAAAGUUGAGGAUUCGGUUGCCGCUGCACUGGUGCAUCUCGAUCUUCAGAGCGCGCACUUUGGUGCUUCCAUUGCGCACGCACAACUUGACCCAGGCAUGCUGGAGAAUGGAGACAACUCCUGGCCGGAACCCGUCAACUUUGAUUCUCUGCAGGAUGCAUGGGUCGCUCGCGAUAGGAUCUUCCUUCAAUUUUGCAUGUUUGCUACCCUCUGUGACUCUUUGUCCGAGGCUAAUAUUGCUAUAAACUUUGCGAUACUGUCCAAGGAACAGGAGAAGCAGCAGAUUCAGCUUCUCAACUUCGCACAAGGACUCGACCGUCUUGAGGAGACGCGCCUUCGCCGUGGAACACUCACAGAAAAGGACCGCGGGUCUCUUGAGCUCCUCCGUAUGCAUCAUAUGGGUGUCUCGGUAAUCACAGACAGCUGUUUGAUCAAAUCUCCUGCAGUGAUCCGGGGCUUAUAUAGUCAGCGCUUCAGGGCCACAGUCGAUCUAGCCGAACGCAUCACAGCUCGGUUUCUGCAAAAGGGGCGCGAGACUGCUCCACGCUUAACACUUUUGAUGGAAACGGCCCUGAUAGGACCAAUGUGCCUUAUUAUCGACAAAUGCCACGAUAUUUCUAUAGCCCAACGAGCGCUUCACGUCAUGGAGAGCUGGCCGCAUAGGGAAGGGUUAUGGGAUUCAACCCUUGCUUCAAGUGUGGCUGGUGGGAGAAUUUUGAAGAUACGCGAAGAUAGCGAGUUGGGUCUCUGA